AUGUCAACUAAGUAAUAGUUAACUUUUCAAAUACUUUUAAUUGGCUCUACUAUGUAACUUUUUAUAAUUAUUUUUAUAUAGGGUAGGCAAAACAUCUAUACUAAAAUAAUACUUUGAUUCUAAUAUUAAUAAUAUAUAAUCUACAAUAGGAAUUGAUUUAAGAAAAAAGAAUGUAAUUAUUAACAAUCAAACUGUCACUCUUUAAGUAAAAAUUUAUAUUAAUUUUAGUUUUGGGAUAUAGAUGGUCAUGAAAAUCAUUAACCACGUUGUAUUUUUUAAAAAAAAGAUUGUUGCAUCAUAGUCUAUAAUAAUGAGGAUGAAGAGCCUAUUAAAACUUUGGAUUAUUGGAAAAACUUAUAUUUAGAAUCAAUAGACUCAAAAGAUUCAGAAAAUGUUCCUAUUUUUGUCAUUUAGAAUAAUUUUGUUGAGAAUAAUGAAAUAAUAAAAAGUCAACUUGUUGAAUGGUGGUGUAAAUAAAAUAGAGUUAAAUAAUUGUUCGAAGUAUCUGUAAAAGACAAUUUGGUUAUUAAUGAAACAUUCAUAGAGAUUGCAAAGAUCUUAUUCAAAUAAAAAUAAAAUAUAAUGAGCAAGGCCAAUCAUGUAAUAAAUUAAAUAGAUGAUUCACCGAAUGUAUUAUCAUCUGAAUAUACAAUUGUGAAAUCAUAAUUAAAAUGCAAUAUGUAAGAAAAAAUAAUUCUAUUAAAUGUUAUAAUCAGCAUGAUAGCCCACCAAUCAUAGUACUACUUGAUGAUAAUCUUAAAGGUAUUUAAAGAUUAAUUUGUUCUUAAUGCAUAAAUGAUAUAAGAGGAAAAUUUAAUGGAAUUAAUAUUGAUGAAGCUAUUUUAACAAUUGAAGACAGGAAGAAUAAUUUCCUUAAUCAAAUAUCGGAUUUUAAUCAAAAAAUUAUAAACAGUUUAAAUUAUUACAUUGGCAAAAUUGUGUAAAAUAAAAUGA